GAAGAAAAGAGUGCGCGAUCGACCGAGACGACGGAGAUACCAUCGACAUUCGUGGUGGAAGGGUGGCGGAUGCACCGCGGAGGCGGAAGUGCCGGAGGCGCAGCCGGGGGUGGUAUCGUCGGUGGUGCCGGCGGAAGUCACCGUGCCCUCGAGUUGGAGCAUCCGUCGGCGAUGCCGGGCGCACCUGGUUUCCAUUGGGGGGCCAUGCUCGCGGGUCACCACGCGGCCGCCGCCGCGGGUAUGAUGCAGCCCCCCAUGUCGGCCGGUGGCGAGUACGUGCCUGCCGCGGCGCAUCAUGGGCCCGCUCAUCCUGCGAUGCCCAUGGACUUACAUGUCCAUCAGGGAUUCCCCUAUUUCCCUACCAGAUAUCGAGAUGAUGCGCUCUGCUGGACGGAGAGGAAACCGUCCAUGGACGACGUCGGAAAUCCUACCUCCGUCAACGCACGAUUUGAGGAGAGGCACUACGCUUUCGAAAGCAUCUUGGAGUUGCGCAAGGAGAAGAGCCGGGACGCGGCGAGGUCGCGACGGGGUAAAGAGAACUUUGAGUUCUACGAGCUCGCGAAAAUGCUUCCUCUACCGGCGGCCAUUACCUCCCAGCUGGAUAAAGCCUCCAUAAUAAGACUAACGAUCUCGUAUCUCAAACUCCGCGAUUUCUCCAGUCACGGCGAUCCGCCGUGGUCCCGCGACGGUCCACCGCCCAGCAAAUCUGUCAAAGGUGCUAACCGAGUCAGAUCAUCGACAAAUGCAGCAAUAGAUCAUUUCGAAAUUCAUCAAGGUACCCACAUAUUACAAUCCCUGGACGGCUUCGCGAUGGCUGUCGCGGCUGAUGGCAGAUUCCUGUACAUAUCCGAGACCGUUUCGAUAUAUCUUGGCCUCUCACAGGUAGAAAUGACGGGGUCAAGCGUUUUCGAUUACGUCCAUCAGCAAGAUCACGCCGAGGUCGCCGAGCAGCUUGGUCUAGGACUCGCGUCGUCGACGAGCACGUCGGGACCGCAUUCAUCCAACUCUGGUCUAGCCUCGCCAAGUAGCGGCGCGUCGGAAGAUCACGGUUCGUCGUCCACCGCAAAUCCCGACGUGUCCUCGGUAAUGGCGCUAACGCCGACCGGACUUUACAAGGGGUACGACCGAGCGUUUUGCGUCAGGAUGAAAUCCACUCUGACGAAGAGGGGGUGUCAUUUUAAAUCGUCGGGUUAUCGGGUCGUAUUGUUGCUGUGUCGUUUGAGGCCACAGUUCGUAUUUAGCCAUACGAGAAAGUCCGCGCCACCCUUGAUGGGCAUGGUCGGGCUUGCCAUCGCGCUUCCACCGCCGAGUGUACACGAAAUUCGUCUCGAGACCGAUAUGUUCGUCACACGGAUCAGUUUCGACUUUCGGAUAGCGCACUGCGAACCAAAGGUUUCCGAAUUGUUGGACUACACGGCCGACGAAUUAACGGGGAAGAAUCUUUACACGCUGUGUCACGGGGAGGACGCGAAUCGUCUGCGAAAGUCUCACAUAGAUCUGAUCCAUAAAGGACAAGUACUAACGCAUUACUAUCGAAUGAUGAACAAGAGCGGUGGAUACACGUGGUUGCAGACGUGCGCCACCGUCGUGUGUAAUUCGUCAUAAGGUGAGUUACCAGAUAAAUCAGUAAGAAAUGAUGAACUCACUUUAAUCGGCCGAGAAUACGAAAACUUAAUUAUGGACUGCUGUCAAUUGGAGGACGGCGUCACCGGCGUGAAGAGGGAAGAUACGGCCGGGAAUGAUCCGGAGAACGGAUCGCCGGAUGCUGAUAGAGGAGAGGGUCGUAGUCGAGGCGGCCCUACGAAUCAGCAUCAGGAGCAAUCGCACCGGUCGCCACCCGAGGAGCGAGAGGAGAGCCGCGCGUCGGAAAGCGAGAAGCGUGGUAGUCGGCAUCACGACAAUAUAGCCCAGUUGCAGCAGCAGGAGUCAUCGCAGACGGCCGUCGGGAAUAUUAGCACGCUUGUAGUGAGACUGCGCGGUCACAAGCGGAAAAUCCACGAUGACGAUAGCAGCUCUAACGAAGAGGAGGAGGACGAGGAGGAGGCGACGGCGGUUAAGGAGUCGAACAGCGAGAGGGCGACUCGGACCCUCAGCCCUAGCGCGACGUCCACGCACUCGAUCUCGACGACUGAGCAGACCCUCUGCUCGACUAGCCCAAAGUCCCGUCGCACUGACAGCGGCAGGAUUGACAAUGGGGCCGAGAAUACCUCGGGGACUUCGGUAAAGGAUCUGGAGCAGGCUAUGUCGAAGCAUCUGCCGGGUAGCUCAUUGAACAAAUCGAAUUCACCGGCGACUCUCCACCAUCAACCGACGGACUUUAGUACGGACGCAUUGCUGAAGCAGCAGCAGCAACGUAGCACAAUACAAUGGAUCGGCGCGCAUCAUCACCUGGGCCACCUGAGUCCGCAGCAAACAGCGGCAGCGGCGGCGGCUGCUGCGCCCUUACCUGCCUCCGCGCUUCUUAGGCAGCUCUACGCGGCCAAUCGGGAAAGCGUGAUACGCGCUAAUGUGCAUGGAAUCACGUCAAGCGGCGGUACGCGGACGCCCGUGUCGACCGGUAUCUAUUAUCCUGGCGAGACAGCUCCUAACGGACCGCUGCCUACACCGCCGGGCUCCGAAGGCUCCAGUACGUACGGUGAACACCAAUUCGUACUCGCCGCGCACAAUCAAAAGGGAUCCAACGGUACCAGUUGCGCCGACGCUUUCACCAGUCUUGUUUCGUCGUAUACGUCCGCCACCGCUGGCUACCCGGUGGACUAUCAUUCGGCGAUGACGCCACCGUCAUCGGUCUCGCCACGGGACAAACAACAACAGCAGCAGCAACAGCAACAACAGCAGCAGCAACAGCAGCAGCAGUUACAUUCCGUGAACGUGAUAAACAGCUAUGAGAGCUCGUCAGCGUAUACGGAUCCAGUUCUUCGUCACCAAUACGAACCGGCCCAGCCGUUACCUUUGAAACCCCAGGUGUACUCGGCCACUGUUCAUCCGAGUGCCUUAGACGCCGCAGCGGCGUAUGCCUCGGCGGGCCUGACGGAGCAGCCGCAAUUCUACCAUCAUCCGGCUGGUAGCGCCGGCUUCCACAUCUAUCAUCCGGGCAACAAGUCGACGGCAAACGGCUGGUACACCUCGGCGUCCUAGUGGCCCCACUCGUAGAUUGUACCGCCCGUUACGCGGAACGCGUGUACUUAAGCGACUGUAAUUAAACCCAAAGUCCUCUCCCUCAGUGCAUAUCAGUGAUACGCUAUCUCGUCGCUAUCGCGGUCGUCGGCGAGCGAUCCUCGUUUCGUCGUUCGGGACCGGGAGAAGGCUCAAUCUCUCGCCGAUCCUUUCUCUCGACCCCGCGCCGCGCGUCCCGAUGCGUCGACCGCGCUGUAACAAUCGCUCUCUUCUCCAUUAUGUGUAGAACGAUUUAUUGUAAUAUAAUGAAUAAAUUAUUAUAUAUAUGUUGACUUCUCUCGGAGGUAUCUGCGUAUAUAAAGCAUGAAGCCAACCGAAACUCAUGCGUAUUCACCGUGCGUGUUCGAAGUAAUUUGACGCGACGCUCAAGGAGAUCGCAAUAUGUUAAGGGAUUCGCGAUUUAUUAUAUACAUGAUAUAUAGGGUGUCCCAUUUUAAAUGAUGUAUGCGAAUAUCUUCGUAAUUAUUGAUAAUAUUGAAAAAUGUUUUAGAUUAAUAUAAAAACUAUAUCGAUUAAUGCAUACAAAAGUAGUUCCAUUAAAAAUUUUAUUUUUUCAAUAUUAUUUUCAGUCAAGAAACUUAACAUCAGAUUAUGUCUUCCUCAAAACUAUACAAUUUUUGUCUAAAACAUUUUCAAUAGCACCAAUAAUUUCAAGGAUAUUCGUAUGAGUCAUUUAAAAUGUAUGGGGAACAAACUGUAUAUCGUUAGACAACGAGGAAAUAAUUUCGUCUUUUCGCGCCGGGUUAGAUAUUAUUAAUCGAGCGCAAUUAAUCACUGCUCGAGUGCGGUGCUUGGAAUAUGUUGUAUCGUAAUAUUUCUUUGUGCGGAUGAUUCCCUUCAUCAAAGGCGAACCGGUACAAAAUCCUUACACGCUUUAACGUUUCGAUUUAAUUCUGUAAGAGAAAACACUGACGAAAUUUAUCUCGGUAUAAUACAAAGCGUGUUUGAAGAAAGCACUACAUAUAUACUUGAGAGAAAUCGCUAUCUCUAUCGAUUUGCGCGGACUGUUUUCAAAUCAAUUGAACAUUUAAUUUGUUACUUAAAUUUUGUUAGAAGUAGUACAAUUGAUCUGUCCCAAAGAAUUCGUUGUUGCAAACUUAUUGUUUUAAAUUUCAAUAUACAAUUUCUGAGAAAGUUACAAACGACUUUUCGGAUCGACUUCUCGGACUUGAUAUUCUAUGUAUGACUAGUUGCGUGGCCGCAAUUCGCAUUUUAAUUAUAUCUAGUUUUGACGAUCGUGUGGGAUAGAAAAUCGCAAAUGCCAGUCAACGCAAAACUGGCACAUACGUGAGAGAAUAAAACACGAAAUUUAUAUAUGGUUGCGUUAUAAUUAUGAUAUAUGUUGGAAACACCAUAGAGCAAUUUGGAACAUGAGUGAUAUUAAAAAUAGACACUUUUUAUUAAAAUACGCACUGAGAUUCUUUACUUAUUAAGGACAAGAGACAUUUGUAUGUAUAUUUAUAGAGAGAUUGCUCUAGCUAUAUUACCUUCUCUAGGUAUAGAUUAGAGAGACAAGUGUUAAAUAUCGAAGGGACACGUAUCGCGUAAACGCGAGAUAAGAAUCAACAUUGCGCUCUGGAGGUAGCGAAUUCUUUUACGAAGGUUAUUGUAUUUUAAUGUUUAAAUUUCGACGAGUUGUUUUUGACAAGUACACGUGUAAAUACAGCU